AUGACUCGCCCUGGGGCACCCCCCUCCCACCGGUCACCCCCUCCACCGGUCACCCCCAUCCACCGGUCACCCCAUCCACCGGUCACCCCCCCUCCACCGGGCACCCCUUCCACCGGUCAUCCCCCCUCCCACCGGUCACCCCCCUCCACCGGUCACCCCCCUCCCACCCCCUCCACCGGUCACCCCAUCCACCGGUCACCCCCCCUCCACCGGUCACCCCCCUCCACCGGUCACCCCCCUCCACCGGUCACCCCAUCCACCGGUCACCCCCCCUCCACCGGUCACCCCCCUCCCACCGGUCACCCCAUCCACCGGUCACCCCCCCUCCACCGGUCACCCCCCUCCCACCGGUCACCCCAUCCACCGGUCACCCCCCUCCCACCGGUCACCCCCCUCCCACCGGUCACCCCCCUCCACCGGUCACCCCCCUCCACCGGUCACCCCAUCCACCGGUCACCCCCCUCCACCGGUCACCCCCCUCCACCGGUCACCCCCCUCCCACCGGUCACCCCAUCCACCGGUCACCCCCCUCCCACCGGUCACCCCCCUCCACCGGUCACCCCCCUCCACCGGUCACCCCAUCCACCGGUCACCCCCCCUCCCACCGGUCACCCCCCUCCACCGGUCACCCCCCUCCACCGGUCACCCCAUCCACCGGUCACCCCCCUCCACCGGUCACCCCCCUCCACCGGUCACCCCCCUCCACCGGUCACCCCCCCUCCCCACCGGUCACCCCAUCCACCGGUCACCCCCCUCCACCGGUCACCCCCCUCCCCACCGGUCACCCCAUCCACCGGUCACCCCCUCCACCGGUCACCCCCUCCACCGGUCACCCCCCUCCACCGGUCACCCCUCCCCACCGGUCACCCCAUCCACCGGUCACCCCCCUCCACCGGUCACCCCCCCUCCACCGGUCACCCCCUCCACCGGUCACCCCCUCCACCGGUCACCCCCUCCACCGGUCGGGGACAUUAA